AUGUUGGCCCACGCCGAACGUACUGCGAACAACAACCCUACUAGUGCCACCGCCCAAAAUGCAUUCUAUUCCGCCCUCCUCCGUGCAAACAUGCCCAAGCUCGUCAUAGAAAGAUAUCAGUCAGGUCGAUAUGCCACCAAUCCCGCAACGGAUGCGGCAUAUCUCAAAGCUCUACAGAUGACCGGCUCGGUGCCCGCCCCAGGCACGCCCGGUUCCAAUGUUACUGGCACACAGGGAAAUGGGCUCAGUGCAGACAAGCUAAGGGCCGUAGGCCAGGCGGUUGCUGGACAGAACUAUGGUGGACAAGUGAUCAUGCCGAGCAACAAAUCUGGUACAGGUGCCAAAGAAGCGCCGCUUUAUGUGGUGGUUGAAGAGUCAUGGGGUGCAACCAUCCUGAAGUGGGUUCGAACGUUUCUCUGGGUCGGCUUGUCUGGCUACUUCCUCUUGGUGGUCCUGACCAUGGUCGUGGAGAUGACUGGUAGUUUCCGGACGAGGGUUGGACAAAACAACGAGGUACAACCCCAACAUCAGACCGUUCGCUUCAGCGAUGUGCAUGGUUGCGAUGAGGCCAAAGAGGAACUUCAAGAGUUGGUCGAAUUCUUGAAGAACCCGGAGAAGUUCAAUCAACUAGGAGGCAAGCCCCCCAAGGGUGUUCUUUUGGUGGGCCCACCUGGUACUGGCAAAACGAUGCUUGCGCGUGCCGUUGCAGGUGAGGCUGGUGUGCCGGUGUUCUACAUGUCUGGCUCCGAAUUCGACGAACUUUAUGUCGGAGUCGGUGCUAAACGAGUUCGGGACCUCUUCACUCAAGCCCGCAACAAGGCGCCUUCGAUCAUCUUUAUUGACGAAUUGGAUGCCGUUGGCGGCAAGCGGAAUGCACGUGACCCUGCUUAUGCGAAACAGACACUCAACCAACUCUUGACGGAAUUGGAUGGAUUUAGCCCGAGCACCGGUGUUAUUCUCAUCGCCGCGACCAACUAUCCGGAGUCUCUGGAUAAGGCGCUCAUUCGACCGGGACGAUUCGACCGACAUGUCAAUGUGCCUCUGCCCGAUGUUCGCGGUCGGAUACAGAUCCUCAAGCACCAUAUGAGAAAUAUGCCCAUCGCAGCUGAUGUGGAUGCGACCAAUCUUGCACGCGCUACCAGCGGUAUGUCUGGCGCCGACUUGGAGAAUCUUUGCAACCAAGCUGCAGUUCAUGCUUCACGGUUGAAGUACAAGAAAAUCACAGCCAUGAACUUUGAGUGGGCCAAGGACAAGAUCAUGAUGGGGGCUGAAGCCAAAUCCCGCAUGAUUCGAGAAAAGGACAAGAUUCAGACCGCUUAUCACGAAGCUGGCCACACUUUGGUCAAUUUGUUUACUCCGGCCAGCAAUCAACUGUACAAAGUGACCAUCAUCCCACGUGGUCAAGCACUUGGUGUCACUCACUUUCUCCCUGAAAUGGACGAAGUGAGCCGAGGUUACGAUCAAUUCAUCGCUUCGAUUGAUGUCUCAAUGGGCGGUCGAGCCGCUGAAGAAUUGAUAUAUGGUCCAAACAAGGUGACCAGCGGUAUCUCGCACGAUGUUCAGCAAGCCACUCGGACCGCAUUUUAUCUUGUCACCCAGUGCGGGUAUUCCCCCAAGUUGGGAAACGUCGAUCUUGCUUCCGACUAUGACAAGCUAUCGAGCGAGACGAAACAGGAAAUCGAACGAGAAGUGCGGCAGAUUGUGGAAGGCGGUCGAGAACGAGCGGAUCGAAUUGUCAAAGAGAAGCGGAAAGAACUCGAAGCCUUAAAAGAUGCACUUUUGGAAUACGAAACACUAGACCGGGAGGAAAUUAUGAAGAUUCUACGCGGGGAGAAGUUGAAAAAGAUCGAGGUGGAGCUUCGCGAGGAUGACGACACUGACAACGGAGAUAAUGGGCGAGGAAACAAGUCACAACCCAAGAAGGAGAAGGAGGUUGGCUCCAAAGGCAGCUUAGGGAUUAAGCUGCCUGACGUGCUGCUACCACCUGGGACAGGUGGAAGAGGCGGAGAGAAGGAAGGCGUGUCACGGGUCAGUGAUAGAUGA